GCCAGACCAGGGCUUGAGGAGCCCUGCAGCGCACAGCAACAGGAUUGUCGUGUCGUGUAUCUGGCGUCAGGUGGCGAUGAAGACCUAACGACUCAUAUUGAACUCAUACAAAGAUAGACGAAGAAGAGGACGAACCGAGGUGGAUAUAAUCAGCCAAAAUGAUUGCAGAUCUUAUCAUUUUUGGCACUCUGCUCGUGAACGCCGGCGCUGUGCUCAACUUUAAACUAAAGAAGAGAGAAACGCAGUCUCAAGGGUUUGGCGAUGAAUCUGGAUCGUCCAGAACUGGUGACAGCAUCAGAGAGUUUUUGCUGAGUCUGCGGUACUUUCGUAUAUUCAUUGCUCUUUGGAACAUUUUCAUCAUGUUUGGCAUGAUCUUGUUAUUUGGUUCAUAAUUGAUGGCCGUUACAGUGAGGAUCACUACAGAUCGAAUUAUUGCAGCUUUGGGUGGAUUUCCCGCAAUGGGUUUUUUUAGUGCGAGAUGCCUUAUAUAGUCGCAUCCAACAUCUCACACCAUGUCUGUAUAUUUUGUACAAAAGGGUGUAUGAUUAAUAUUGGUUUUACUUUGUGAAUCAAAUGGGGUCAGAAAACAAACUACAUUUGUUAAAAGAGUUUAAAGCAGAGCUGUGCACUUGGUGGGAAUGGUCUUUUCUCUGUACCCUAAACAAAUACGGUCAGUUAUUCCGAUUUUAGAUGUACUGAGAAGCAAGCUUUGUGACUACUCAAAAUGAAAGAAUAAACGUUUAAA